AUGCCUGCUAAUACAACCUCGAUCAAGCCUUCAAAGCACGUCUGUCCGGAUUGUGGACGUCCUUAUAAGGCUGCUGAGACGCUCAAUCGACAUCGAAAGAACCAUUCAGAGACAUCGCAGUACGCUUGUUCGAUUUGCGAUGCAGCGUUCAAACGGAAGGACCUCCUCGAUCGACAUGUUCAGAUUCACUCCGGUGGGAAGCCCGCGGCAAGUCGAAAUCGCAGCCAUCGCGCGUGCGAUCGAUGUUCGAGACUCAAGACGAGAUGUGACAAUUUGACGCCCUGUACGAGGUGUUCGAAGGGCAGUCAUGAAUGCAGUUACAAGCAGCUGCGAAGUAGGGCGCGUACCGAUCGAUCGUCAGCGAGCACCACCUCCUCAAUACACAGCAGUCCUCACAUGACGGCCGAGGAGCUCAGUAGCAUUGUGGGCACGCCUGAGGAGAUUAGCACGUUCGAUUCGAAUCAGUCGUGGGCUGGUAACGAUGGCAUGGUGGAUAGCCUCUGGUUGCAGGAUCCCGCGUGGGAGUGGCCUCCGAUGGUGCCAAACAUGUCGGCGAUGGAAUCUGAACCCAGCUCACUACGAUCGACUCUACUGCCUCACGUCAAAGACACCAUCGAGCCGACCUUCGCCUUGGACCCAGCGCUCCAUAUUGGCAAAACGCAAGCGCCCACCUCCUCGCCCAUACCCUCCGGCACCAUGUACGACGACGUGUCGUUUGACGGCAGCAACAGCAUGCCGUGGUACAUGUGCCAAAACACGCAUUUCGACAACAUACCAGUGAGCAACCACCAAAACCCCUCCACAUCCUCCUCAUCAGCGGCUGACCAUCCUCGCCGCGCGCCCAGAUCCCAGUCUACACCAACCCCAACAUCCAACACACCCACGCUGCUUGUUGGUGAAGCCGCGCGCAUCGCCCAAGAGACCACCAUCAGAGAACUCGUCGCGCUCUGCAUUACAACCUCCACAACCGGAACUCGUUCUGAACCCCCGAACAAAUGGUUCUGGCACGCCAUGUCCUCCAAACUCGAACUCGCCUUCAACCUCUCCGGCCCCAACCCCUCACGCGACGCAACCGUCUUCGAACACUUCACGUCGCUCUUCGAAAAAUUCUUCUUCGUCGUCGGGUUUCCCACCCCUUCCAACAAUUCUCCGCCGCACCUCCACCUCGUCAUGGCAGCGAUAGGAGCCGCAUACGCGGGCCCGAAAGCGGAGGCGUUCCAUGCGCGGGUCAUGGACGCGUUGAUCCCGGCGUUGGUCGAUGUGGCUCUGCAAGGAUCUUCUUCUUCAAUGACGAGAGAGGGCAUGUUCUACUUGGUGCAAAGUCUCGCGCUCCUACAGACCGCGAUGCUUUAUUUCGGGGACCGCGGGGCUUUAGAUGUCGCUGUGGGGAUGUCCAAACUCCUCGUCGGGAUGAGCAGACGCAUCUGCUUGUUCGACGAGGAGCAGGAGGGACAUGGGGCUUCGAUGACGGCGAGGUUAAAAGUUGCGUAUGGUGUGGCGAGGCUGGAUGCUUUGGUGGCUUGUUUGUUUGGGACGGAGAGGUUGUUGAUGGAGGGGGAGAGGGGUGGGAAGGGGAAGGAGGAUGUGAUUGAUAGGUUGUUGAGGAAGGCUGCUGGGAGUGCGGCGGUGAAGGUGGGUGUUUCGGAUGAUCAUUGGGAGGCGACGUGGAUGGGUUCGUCGCCUUGA